AUGUACAGCAUAAGGCGAUCCUUCUGGAUUGUUAGUGAUGGCGAAAAGUUUGAAGAUAAGAUAUAUCGAGGACAAGGACGUGUUUUAAAAGGACUAUUCCACGAUGUUAGCCUCAUGUCAAAAUUCUCCGUCGCAAUGAAUGCUGGAAAGGCUGCGAUUGAUAUUAAAGCCACUCGUCAGUACAUCUCUGUUGUUGUUUUGGAUUGGAACCAACCGUGUGGCUACGGAUUCACUAGCAAGUUUUCUCGAAUGGUGAAUGUUGUAGUUGGAUCGAACAAUGGUGACUGUGAAACAGCUUCAUUCAUGCUACAACCAAUCCUGCAGCCCUCUGUGUAA